AUGGCAGCCGUUACCGCGCCCACCCCCAAGCUGGAUCGCUACAUUGUCAUCCACGUUGCAACCACUUGCGAUGAACAUGGUGUCUACGUCACCAAGGAUUCGGCCGAGGUCAUCGAAUUGGGAUGGAUUCUGUUAGACACCAAGACCUGCGAGGAGGUACACACAAUCCCCUUCCCCUCUUUCCCCCCAAACAGUUUCGCGCCAUCGCCCCGUUUUUCCCGCGCCCCCAAAGACGAAUCAAAUUUCGCUCACCCUUCUUCUCGUUUUAGUUGCACCGUGAAAGCGUUCUUGUCAAGCCCGUCAACACGCCAAUUACUCCACUAUGCAGUAAGAACCCUGCUCUACCCUGCGGGUUUCGGACAACGAAGCCUUGCGAUAAUUGAACUGGAUCUAACCAAACCGGCCACAGCGAGCUUGACCACUCUAACAUGGGAGCAUGUCCGCUCUGCAGGUACCUUCCGGGAUGCCAUAUCCCGGUUCGAUGCUUUCGCCCAAGAACACCUCACCAGCAAACAACUGGAAUUUGCCUUCGUCACUCUAGAUUCGUGGGAUCUGCGGGUGCAGCUGCCCCGCGAGGCCCGUGACAAGGCCGUGGUGCUUCCCGCAUACUUGCAGCACUCCCGGACAUUUGAUUUACGCACCGAGUACCAACGUUGGCAAACCCAUCACCCGGAGUCGCUGCCUUUCGGUCCCAGCUCUUUGUCCAACAUCUGCGCGGCCCUCGAGGUUGAGCCCGUCCAGUCGUCAGCCCCCAUCAAGCACAACCUGCCCUUCCAUCUACAAGCAUUGGCCCCCGCCUCGCCUCGCCGUGCCAUGGAGGAGUCGAUUACCUUGGCCCGCGUGCUUCGAGGUCUGAUCCGCAAGUCGCAGCCCCCUCACGAGCACCCCGAGAUCCUCACCCGGCCGAUGGAUGCGCAUGCUGAUGUCCGGGCCUUCCUGGCCGAACGGAGCAAGGUCCUUCACCUGAGUGGUCUUCCCCAUGAUACUACUCAGUCGGAGCUGGAGAGCUGGUUUACGCAGUUCGGCGGCCGUCCCAUCGCUUUUUGGACCCUACGAACUCCGGACCAGCACAAGCCCACUGGGACCGGCUUCGCCGUGUUUUCGUCCCAUGAAGAGGCCGCCGAGAGCCUUUGCAUGAAUGGCCGGGCUCUGAACGAGAAGGCUAUCGAGGUGUCACCCUCUUCCAGCCGGGUCCUGGAUCGUGCCGCCGAGAUCUUGACUCCGUUCCCGCCCUCUAAGAACCGUCCUCGCCCGGGAGACUGGACCUGUCCUUCUUGUGGCUUCUCCAACUUCCAGCGCCGCACGGCUUGUUUCCGUUGCUCGUUCCCUGCCAUGGCGGCGGCACCUGACCCAAUGGGCUACGGCUACGGCUACGGCCCACCCAACAUGAUGCCUCCUCACAUGGGUGGCCAUGGUCAUGGCAUGGGCGGUCACUCCCGUGGCAUGGGCGGCAACGGCGGUGUUGUACCUUUCCGUGCUGGUGACUGGAAGUGUGGCUCCGAAGGAUGUGGUUACCACAACUUUGCGAAGAACAUCAACUGUCUUCGCUGUGGUGCUCCUCGCUCGGGUGCUGCUGUUGUGGCCGACUCGGCAUUCCCGUCUUCGAUGGAUCCUCCGGCAGGAUUUGGCAUGGGCCCUAACUCUAUGGCAAGUACUCCCGCUCCGGGUCCAUUUGCCUCUACGACGGGUGGAUUUGGCGGUGGAGGCUUGAGUAACACUCCAGCUGCUUACCCCCCCAUGGGCCAGGUCAACUCGGGGUACGGCUCGUCGGGCACGUCGCAUUCGGCUGCCUCUUUUGCCAACCCUGCCACGCAGGCAGCAUUCACCGGCGCGGACCAUGGAGUGCCCUCUACUAGCGCCUCUAACGGUGCUUUCUACGGUUCCGAGAGCUCCAGCGACCCAUUUGCCUUCUUGUCGACUGGCCUCGGUGGAUUGACCGUUUCGGACGAUGCUCACUCCCGUCGAAAUGGGGGUGGCGCCAACAAGUCACCCGCGUGA